GCCGGACUUUAGUUGUGGACGGGCGGCGCGGUAAGUCAUGGCGCUGGAUGCUCGCAGGCGGUUUUUUAAACUCCUCAUGCGCCUCGGCGCCAUCAUCCUUACACGGUUCCCCUUCUGGAAUUGCUUCAGCAUGUUGAUGCUGUUUGCAGAACGAGCUGAUCAGCGCAGGAAGCCAGAUAUUCCUGUGCCAUACCUCUAUUUUGAUAUGGGUGCUGCAGUUAUCUGUGCCAGUUUCAUGUCCUUUGGUGUGAAGAGGCGAUGGUUUGCUUUGGGAGCUGCCCUUCAAUUGGCUAUCAGCACAUAUGCAUCAUACGUUGGAGAACAAGUGCACUAUGGGGACUGGCUUAAGGUAAGAAUGUAUUCCAGGACUAUAGCUGUAAUUGGAGGAUUUCUGAUUUUGGCAAGUGGAGCUGGUGAGGUAUAUCGGCAGAAACCUCGUACAAGGUCACUACAGUCCACCGGGCAAGUGUUUCUUGGCAUCCACCUUAUUUGUGUGGCUUACUCCCUUCAGCACAGUAAGGAGGAUCGCCUGGCCUAUCUGAAUCACAUCAUAGGAGGUGAAAUUACACUGCAGUUGUUGUUUGUACUUUAUGCUGUGCUGGCUUUGUCUUUCCUCUCUGGAUACUGUGUUCGGACUGCAGCCCAGAUGCUUUCUAUUCUUAUGCCUAUUGUAGUUCUGUUUAUUGAUGGAAAUGUGGGCUAUUGGCACCAUUCUCGUCGGGUUGAAUUUUGGAAUCAAAUGAAAUUGCUUGGGCAGAAUGUGGGCAUUUUUGGUGCUGCCAUCAUUUUGGCCACAGAUUGCUAAUGAUUUU